GUAUUCAUUCUACAACAUCCUGUCUCUACCUUAACGAGAAGAGGAUCUUUUCCGGAGAGAAGCUGCAGGGAUAAGGCUGCGAGCGUGUGGACAAGGCUUCAUGGAGUCGCGCAUAACUAUCAUUCUUCUUUUCAUUAUCAUACGAUACAUAUCAGGGAUGAAGGAAAAAGAAUACACAAUUACUGGUUUAAAAGAUAAUCCUGGAAUAUUUUUCGAAGCCGUUGGAGAAAUGCGUACGUCCGAAAAUUCUUGGAAGAUGAUAAUCUACAUCGACUUGCGCGAUAUUAAAGGUGCAACGGCCAAACUCGAACAGCAAAUGGACUCGAUAUUACAACAAUGUGGUGAUCACAAUUCACAUUGUGAAAUACGACCACGAUUGACUUCAUUAAUUGCCAAAUUGAAUAAGAUAAAGCAGUAUCAAGAUCAUAUACGCGCACUCAUAGGAGAAUCCCGCACAAAACGAGCUCCCUUGGAAUUUGUUGGACAACUUAGCAAGAUAUUAUUCGGAACUUUAACCAUCGAAGACGAAUAUGCCAUGCGUAAUGCAAUAAUGCAUGUAGAGAAUAAAACUAACGAUCUCGCUCUGCUGCUCGUGAAUCAAACUGUAGCAACGCGAGCGCGUUUCGGGGAACUGUACAACGCCACAUGGGAGAUAAGAAAGCAGCUUAGCGCAAUAGAAAUUAAAGCGAUGUUAAAUCAAAGGCAUCGAUAUUUUUGGGAAGUUAUGACAAAACUGGAUACGGAAAUAUUACAACAUGAAAUAGAUUUAAAUAUUCUGAUCGAUGGAAUAUUAUUCGGAAAGCAGGGAUUCAUCCACCCCCGUUUAAUUUCACCGCAACAAUUAAUAGAAAAUUGUAAGUUAAUAAAAGAACAGAAUCCUCAUGCAGAAUUUCCGGUAAGUACUGACGAAAUCGGAAUGGAUCAACUUAUAAAAAUAUCCAACUUACGAAUUGCCUAUUCCGGAAAUCGAUUGAUUUAUAUUCUGCAUAUUCCAUUAUUGAUUCCUGGAAUAUAUAAAAUGUAUAGAGCCGUACCAUUACCUGCUAAACAAGCAUUUGACGAAACAAAAUUCGCAAUAAUUAAAUCUGACGCAGAACAUAUUGGAAUAAGCGAGGACACCGAUAGCUUCUACGAGUUCCGAGAAGGGGAACUGCGAGAAUGUAUAUCGUCCAGCACCGUAUUUAUCUGCCCAGCUAUAUUUCCUUUGAAAAAGAUACGGCAAGCGACAAGUUGUAAUAUUCAACUCUUACUAAAUAAGAAUAUAGAAAUGGAAUAUUGCAACAUAGUAUUACAAAACCUACGAGAAACAUACUGGAAAGCCUUAACUACGCCCGGAAAUUGGAUAUAUACUGCAAGAAAACGAGAAAUAAUUCGUAUAGAAUGCCAACAAAGCAACCAGGAAGAAAUAAGUAAUUCUGGCAUUAUUUCCAUACGCCAAGGAUGUAAAAUUAAAGCAGGGACUACUACGAUGAGCCAUCCAUCCGUUCAUUCUAUAGAAUUCGUACAGCAUUAUACUCCAAUGAACAAUCUAAGCAUUUUACAAUUGUACGAGCCUAUCCGCGAAAAAUAUCAAAUCGACCUGGCAGAAGCGACAAGCGAAUUAUGGACGAUGAAUAAUAGCCACGUAUCAACGACUUUUGAUGACAUCAUUGAAAAGGCUCGCCAGAUCAAGGAUAGACGGAUGCAAGAACAAAGACUUAUCACCUACAGUGCAGUAGGAUGGGGCAUGAGUGUUCUCGGAAUACUUGUGGUCAUCGUCUGGAUGAUAAGCAGGACUUCUUGGAUCAGCAGUACUGCGAAUUUACUUUAUGCACGAUGCAACCGUAACAAAGGAACCAAGGGACCUACCCCUUGCUCCUCAGUAGAGAAUAAAAGCCGAAGUACCGAGCCCGAAUCCGAACAGUCUGACUUAAGAACGGCAACGAUCCAGUAUAAUCUACAAGAAGAAGCACAGGAAGCAGAGGCACACUGACGACUUGAAGACGUACAGCAAUAAUUCGUAAGUGACCAAACCACAUGACUUCGUACCAAAAUUUAGUCUUUGGUUUGUGCUCACUUCACAGGAUGAGAAGGAGCAGCUAUUCUACCAAUCAUUAUAAACGUUGGCACAGGAUAUUGGGACGACUCCGCCGGAUUAUUUUAACCAUGCCGG